UAAAAUAAUCAAAAGAAACAUGUUGGAAGACAGUGUUUGAUGAAAGAGACACGCGCAGUGUACUUGCGACUUCUUCAAUCGGGCAAAACGCACUUACAACAUUAAAGGUGGAUUUGGGUCCAACAACGUUAUUACUAUUAUUAUUGUUAUUAUUCGUUCUUCGUUCUGGUGUGUGCAGUGGGAAAGAAAAUUAUUACUGCAAAUAGUGUGAAUUGGUUUGGAUCAGAUCUGUGUUUGUUGUCGGAGAGAGAUGUCACGGGGGAGAUCUGAUUCCGGUGGGUGGUUGAGGGGGUGUUUGGUUGUGUUCGCGGUGGUUUCCGCCUUGGGAGUGUGUGGCCCCGCGCUCUACUGGCGAUUCAAGAACGCCAUCUCUCUCCGCAAUUCCCACAACAAAUUCUCUUGCCCUCCUUGCCUCUGCAACUGCCCUCCCCCACUCUCGCUGUUCCAACUCGCUCCUGGAUUGGCCAAUCUCUCUGUCUCAGAUUGUGGAAGUAAUGACCCGGAUCUAAAGGAGGAGAUGGAGAAGCAGUUUGUGGAUCUUCUAAGCGAAGAGUUGAAAUUGCAAGAGUCUGUUACUGAGGCAAACACACGACACAUGAACAUAACUUUGGCUGAAGCAAGAAGAGUGGCAUCUCAGUAUCAGAGAGAGGCUGAUAAAUGUAUUGCUGCAACUGAAACAUGUGAGCAGGCAAGAGAACGAGCUGAGGCCAUACUCAUCAAGGAGAGAAAGAUAACUGCUGUGUGGGAGAGACGUGCUCGUCAAAUGGGUUGGGAAGCAGAAUAACUGCAUAAGUUUUCUUAUUUAUAUUCUUUAUGGCUAUAAUCAUGGUUAUGGUUUUACACAAGAAUACAAGCAAAAUGCUUGGUUUGUCCACCAAUUUAGGUUAAAAUUGAUAUCCUUACUGUGUUUGUAACUGUAUCCCUUAUAUGGUAGUAUCAAACAAAUUUUAUGUCACGUGAUUAGUCUGUUACCAAGGUUAAAACUCAUGUUCCUCGACUUGAUUAUAUUUAUACACUAUAUUUAGCUCUGGUAUGAAGUAAAUUGCUCUC